GCUGCCCAGCCAGUUCCUGUCCCUUUCGGAGCCCGCGCUCACCCCGCCUGACGCUCCUAGAGUCUGUCCUUCUGCCGGGUCCCAGGCCCACCGCUGGAGGAAUGGAGUUCUCGGAGCUGAUCCGUACGGGCCAGGCCCAAGUCGAGCUCCUGCGGGGCCCGGAGAUGCCCCCGCUGCGCGGCACGCUUUGCGUCACCGGCCACCACCUGCUGCUGUCGCCAGGACCCCAGGCGACUCCAGACCUGUGGCUGCUGCUGUUGCGUAGUGUCGACUCCAUCGAGAAGCGCGUCGCGGGUGACGCCGGCACCAUCACGCUGCGCUGUAAGGACCUGCGAGUGCUGCAGCUGGACAUAGAGGGCGUGGAAGCGACGCUGGACAUCGCCCGCUCCAUUGAGGCGCUGUCCUCCCUGGAAUCGGUCAUCACCUCCUUUCCGUUCUUCUACCGUCCCAAGGGCUUGAGAUUGGGCGAAGCCUGGCACUUCCACCCACCCGAACGCUACUACAAGCGAAUAGCUCGCGAGACCAGAGCGUGGCGGCUGAGCGAGGCGAACGAGGACUUCAGCUUGUGCCCCAGUUACCCCCGCGCGGUAAUCGUGCCUCGCGCCGUGGACGACGAUGCCCUGGCGCGCAGCGCCCGCUUCCGCCAGGGAGGCCGCUUCCCUGUGCUCAGCUACUACCACGCUCCCCGCGGAACCGUGCUCCUACGUUCCAGCCAGCCCCUGACCGGGCCCCAGAAGCUGCGUUGCGCUGCGGACGAGGAGCUGCUGCGAGCUGUGCUGGCGGAGGCUCGCCCGGGGGCCCGGGGCGUCAUCGUGGACACGCGCUCGGCCCAGGCCGCCAAACAGGCCCGCAUGACUGGCGGCGGCACCGAGGCCAAGGCCGCCUACCCGGGCUGGAAACGGCUGCACCGGCCCCUGGAGAGGGGGCGGCCCUUACAGGAGAGCUUCGUGCGCCUGAUGGAAGCCUGUGGGGACCCGGAGCAGAGCAUGGACCGCUGGCUUAGUCGACUAGAUGGCUGCCGCUGGCUGUCACAUGCGAAGGAGGCACUAAGCACAGCCUGCCUAGCAGCCCAGGGCAUGGAGUGGGAAGGGGCCUGCAUCCUGGUGCAUGGGGCCGAAGGCACGGACAGCACCCUGCUAGUGACUUCACUGGCCCAACUCAUCCUAGACCCCUUGAGCCGAACCAUGGCUGGAUUCCAGGAACUGAUAGAGCGAGAGUGGAUCCAGGCCGGCCACCCCUUCCAGCUGCGCUGUGCUCACUCGGCCUUCUCCCACACCCGCCCCAAGCACGAGGCACCCAUCUUUCUCCUCUUCCUGGAUUGCGUGUGGCAGCUGGGCCGCCAGUUCCCGCUGUCGCUGGAGUUUGGGGAGGGGAUGCUGUUGGCGCUGUUUGAUCACUCCUAUGCCUCCCCUUUCGGCACCUUCCUCUGCAACAGUGAAAAGGAGAGAUGCCUGUGUGAAGUGAGAACUCGAACACACUCCUUGUGGUCUGGGCUCAAUCAGCCAAAAGAGCAACGAAAACUCCGGAACCCGCUCUACGUCCCCAAUCCCUUGGCCAUCUGGCCCUCUGUGGAGCCCCAGAGCCUGCGACUGUGGCAAGGCCUGUUUCUGCGCUGGACCCAUCCACCUGAGCCUUCAGAGGUAGCAUGGGAGAAGGUGUGGCAAAUAGCAACAGGUCAGAAGACAGAAGGCUCUCAGCCAACAGAUUCAGCCUCUGAGCCCCAACCCUAAGUACUGGUCCUUGGAUGGUGGUUGAGAUGUUCCUGAAACUUCUCCAGGCCCCUCAGCACCUUUGGACCUUGAAUGACGGUGCCUGCAACCCAGCCUAGCCCAUAAUACUGAAGUUCCAGGUUUGAAGUGUCCAAAGUGUAGGGAGAAGGUCCAAAUAAUAAAGGUAUCCAUGAUUGGUAUGAGCUUGCUGGGGCAUCACUGAGAAGGGAAAGUGUUGAAACUGACGAAAUUUCUGACCAGAAACCAUUUAUUUCCAAACUAAUUUAUUUCUCAGAGUCCAAAGCCUUCUGUGAACCUGGCCCAUGUGGAGAUCCUGCGCGCGUGCGUGUGUGUGUUGGUGUGGUGUGCUGUGGUGUGUGUGUGCAGUGGAAGCUCGGAGUCCUAAUCACUGGAUGGCCAGGGAAUUCCCAGAGAUCCGGCUUCUUAAGCCUCAAACUCAAAUUCAAAGUACUGUGGGUCGAAGUAGUGGAUGCGGACAUAACCAUCUUCUCCACCGCUGCUGUAGCUGGAAAGAGACAGGCAGGGCCCGGUCAGAGGCCUGCCCUGGGGGAGGCAGGCCUAGCGGGCAGGGCAUGGGAAAGGGGCAGAGGCAGGCAGACCAGGGCUGAGCUCAGCUCCCUUCACUGGACCCUACCUCUUGCCAUCAGGAUGGAAGGCAACACUGUUGAUAGGUCCAAAGUGACCCUUGAUUCUUCCAAACUCUUCUUCAAAGGCCAAGUGGAAGAACCUGGAGGAGACAGCGGGGUGGGAAGUGACAGUUCAUUCAUUUUCCAUCUCCUUCCAAAACAUGUCGAGAGGUACCACUCCCCAAACACAAACUGUAAAGUGGGGAAACUGGGAAAAGGGGAAAUGAAUGUGAACAGAACAAGACAAAGUUGGGGGAAGAUUGGACCCAAACGUCUUCCUUACUAUGUGCUGGGCAGUGCUCUAAGAGCUUAACAACUAUUAAGUCAUUUAUUUUAUUUUAUUUUUU